GUCACCAGGGAGCAGGGUUCACUUUGACUCCUUCAGGUUUAAACCUUCCACAGAAGGGUCGUGUUUCAUUCUGCUUUAGCCUACUCUUUCCCUCUGCUCUCCUCUUUUUCUCUCUCUUUCUCUCUUUUUCUGUGUCCUCCUCAUCAUCAUCAUCUUCUGUCUUCACAACCUCCUCACUUGACCAGGAAGACCUGCAUUCUGUCCAUCCUCUACACUCUUGAGUGAGACCAGCUCCUUUUCAUUCUGUACGUUUUGCUCUUAAGAGAGUCGAACCACAGCCGGCAAAAAUGGAAGCCAUCAAGAAGAAAAUGCAGAUGCUGAAGGCGGACAAGGAAAAUGCCUUCGAUCGUGCAGAGCAGGCCGAGUCAGACAAGAAGUCAUCAGAGGACAAGUGCAAGCAGUUGGAGGACGAGCUGCUGGGGCUGCAGAAGAAACUCAAGGGGACUGACGAUGAAUUGGACAAGUACUCCGAGGCCCUCAAAGACGCCCAGGAGAAACUGGACCUGUCUGAGAAGAAGGCCACAGAUGCCGAGGGUGACGUAGCUGCUCUGAACCGCAGGAUCCAGCUAAUCGAGGAGGAGUUGGACCGAGCCCAAGGGAGACUAGGCACUGCACUCCAGAAACUGGAAGAAGCAGAGAAAGCAGCUGAUGAAAGCGAGAGAGGUAUGAAGGUAAUUGAGAACCGUGCUAUGAAAGACGAGGAGAAAAUGGAAACUCAGGAGCUGCAGCUUAAGGAGGCCAAACACAUCGCUGAAGAUUCUGAUCGCAAAUACGAGGAGGUGGCUCGUAAGCUGGUGAUCCUAGAGAGUGAGCUGGAGAGAGCAGAGGAGAGGGCAGAGGUUGCUGAACUCAAAGGUGGAGAUCUGGAGGAGGAACUUAAAAAUGUAACAAACACCAUGAAGUCCCUUGAAGCCCAGGCUGAGAAGUACUCAGACAAAGAAGACAAGUACGAGGAAGAGAUCAAUCUUCUCAAUGACAAACUGAAAGAGGCAGAGACGCGUGCUGAGUUUGCAGAGAAAACCGUGUCCAAACUGGAAAAGACUAUUGAUGACCUUGAGGAGAACCUAACGCAUGCAAAAGAGGAGAACCUGAACUUGAACCAAGUCUUGGAUCAAACACUUCAAGAACUCAACAGCUUGUGAAUUUAAAAAAAAAAGGAAACCAUCACAACAAACAACAUUCCAUGUGUGGUGUGGUGUGUGUGUGUGUGUGCGUGCUUGGGUGUGUUUGAAGUUCACUUUUACUGCUCUAUCGUGUUGCCUGACUCAUGCUCUUCUAUUUUUAUUCCGCAUCCACCCACGUUUCCAUUAUGUUGCCAAAUGACCCAUUAUUAUAUAUUAUAACACAAAAGGUGAUGAUACUAACGCCUGAUUCUGAUGAUGUUCACACCCACCAUGAGUAACACCCAACCUCCAUCUUUAACCAACAGACUGUAUUUUGAUCCAAUGGGCCUGUUCCACACCUCAGUGCCUCCUUUGGGCCCGCCCCCUGCUACCCCGGGCCCCUGGUACAGCUUCCCCAGUUACAGCACUCUUAGAAAAUAAAGUACAUUAUUGUACCUUUAGGGGUAUAACAGCUUGUCACUGGCGCAGUACCCUCGAAGGUACUUAUUUGUAUCCUUUAUAUACUGCUUGGGAACAUAUAUGUACCUUUUUGGCCCUAAAAAGGUACACAUAGUUACUUUGAGGUCUAAUCAUGAGCCAUGGGGGGUACAUUAGUGUAGAUUGUACCUUGAGGGACAGAAAUGGACUCCGACUGUACCCCUAUUUCUAACAGUGAGACUCCAUCCAUAAUGUUUCCUGUAUUGAUGUGUCCAUUCCACAUUCCUGUAUUUAUUUAUUUCACAUCCCCGCCUGUCAGGAGUCUGUGAAAGUACCACCGCUCACUCAGAUGUCAUAAAAGUGGCAUCCAAACCAUAAAAAAUUGACACACUCACAGUAUUCAGGUAAUAUUCGAUCUACAGAUUUGAUGCAUGGUAUGUCUUGGGGAUUGUUUUUUUUUUUCAGUAGUUAAUAUGAAGCCACCGAAAAGUGUCGACUGAAGCUUUUUUUUUUUCCUCUUCAGUUGCUUUUCUGGAAAUAAUGAAUCUCUUUUGUACUUUUUAAACCGCAAUAAACUUUUCUUUUAUUAUAAUAAUAA